UGUUUUCUUGUAAUCAAGUUACUGUUUUUUCGACACGGGCCUAGUUGUUCGUUCCUUUCCAUUUCUCCAAAAAAAAAGAAGAUUUUUUUAAAAGUUCGCGAAUUGAUCGUUCGUGAAUACGAAGGGUUCUUUGAAUCCGGAGGGCAAUUUCUCGAUCGAUCAACUGUAGUGUAAAUCAAGUGAUAUUUAUAUUUCUGCAAAAAAAACUAGGGUGAAAAAAUAAAAACCUUGUAUCACAUUAUCUCGCCGAAACGAGACAGAUUGAGAAAAAAAUAUAUAUAUAGAUAUAUUGGUAUAAUUGAGAUUGGUGUGUUUCGAUUGUGUGCGCGACUUGCACUCGGUUUUAAAUCCGAACUACUGAAAAUUUUCAAGGAUUGACGCAUCUUCAGCGGUAGCUGAAACACACGCACACUCAAAAAGGGAGAGAGGCGCCAAGGUGCAUUCUCCAAAUGUGAUGGACAACGAAUCAGGAAUUGAUAUGAACUUCGAUUUCAUUGAUUUCGACUAUAGUGUAUUCGAAAAUGAUUCCAACAUUGACACAUUGCUCGAUAAAGCAUGCAACGAUGUUAUGUUCUACGAACUCAAAUCGAAGACGGUGCCCGAAGAAACUGAAACGCCAACAUUUAAAACGGCAACACCAACAUCCCGUACACAAUUAAAACAACAAUUGCAACGAGAACAAUUACAAGAGCUUGAACGACAAGAAUUGGAACGACGAGAAAAUGAUCGAAAAUUAUCCAUGCAGGGCCAUGGAUGCCAUACCAAUGUUGAUCAUUCCCAAUUGGCUCAUUCGGCACAAUCCAGUCCACAAUUACAGGUGCCAAGAAAUUGCUUGAACGUUCCGCAAUUGUAUACAUCAUCACCGACACCAUCCUCUUCAACGGAAGGCAGUGAUUUUAACAGUGGAAACUUUUCAAAUCAAUCACAACAAGUUCCACCACAAACGGAUGUACAAUGUGCACCGGUAAAAGUUCCACUUCACAUUGGCGUCGAUUUACCACCACAAGUCUUAAAGGUUCGAACUGUUUUGGAAAAUCCAACACGUUAUCACGUUAUUCAAAAGCAAAAGAAUCAGGUGCGCCAAUAUUUAAACGAAUCAUUGCAACAGAAUGAGUGGAACGAGCAUGAACCAAUUCAACAAUUGCAACAGCAACAACAACAACAACAACAGCAGCAGCAGCAACAACAACAACAGCAGCAGCAGCUUCCACAACAUCAACAGUACCAACAACAACAUCAUCAAUCAAUGCAAGAGGAAUUUGAACAAACUUCAUUAACCUCUUUACCCCAUGAACAACAUACCAAUCAAAUGUCACAGCCAUCAAAUCGAUUGUCAUCUAGCGAGACAAAGGUGCAUUCAUUAGAUUUGGCACAGCUAACUGGUUAUCGAAAGGCCGUAUCCACAUCAUCGAAUAUCAACGAUUCGCCAUCAUCGCUGAGCGAGAUAAGUGGCAAUAAUCGUGCAUCAUCUUCGGUGAAAAUUCUCUCAAAUAUCAGUUUGCCGCCAUAUCGACCGGCUUUAUCGUCACAAAAUUUGCCGCACAAUCAAUUACCCUCACAAGGUCCAUUUGAAAAUAGUUAUGUUACAAAUUUUUACUCAUCGAAUAAAGGCAAAGGUCUCGGAUUGAAUGCCAGCCCAGAAUCGGCGAUGUCGCCGAGCAUUAGUUCGGUUGCCACAAGUGCAUCUGAGGCCGAAGAUCUUUUGGACGAUAUUCUGUCGUUUGAGUCAAGUUCGUUGGCGGACUCCUUAAAAUUGGAUGGUACAUAUGGCGGAAGUGGUGCAAACGGCGGUACCAACGGCAGCAAUUCAGAUCUGGUUAUUAAACAAGAGCCAUCGAACAUCACCGAUGCAGAAAUGCAUGCACUUGCAAAAGAUCGACAGAAAAAGGACAACCAUAACAUGAUCGAGCGCCGAAGACGAUUUAAUAUCAACGAUCGGAUUAAAGAGUUGGGCACGCUACUGCCGAAAAACAACGAUCCAUACUAUGAAGUGGUGCGAGAUGUACGACCAAACAAAGGUACCAUCCUUAAAUCAUCGGUAGACUAUAUAAAAUGCUUGAAACAUGAAGUUACCCGUUUAAAACAAAAUGAACUACGCCAAAAACAAAUCGAACACCAAAAUCGACGAUUGUUAUUACGAAUACAGGAAUUAGAAAUGCAAGUCAAAUCACACGGUCUAGCGAUAUCAGACUAUAGUUGCAAUAAUAACAAUAACAAUAGUACGUACAGUUCACAGCUUGUGAACUCAUUUUUAAACAAAUCGAGUCCAACGCGUCACAAUCCACCACCUCUUUUAGACAUUGUUGGGAAGAUGCCGGAUGUGGUGUCUGAGGCGGCCACAUUGAGUUUAAGUCAAAUGGAGGAUUUGAUUGAAGAUGAUCAUCAUCCAGUGCACGGCGACCCAAUGUUAUCGCAUCAUUUGUUAAGUUCACCUCGUUCACCGUCAUCGCCAACCUCAUCGUUACACAGCAAUGACUUAAACCUCAACAACCAUACAAACGCAAGUAUGAGUCACAACGGUAUGAAUGGAAAUUGUGGCCUAAAGAGUGAUUCAAAUAUCGAAAUUCCACAUUGUGAUCCAUUGUUAUCGUCGUCAAAUCCACAAAAUCAAACGCACCAUUCAACGAACGGCAUACAAAAUCACCUUCAUCAUCACCACCAUCAUCAUCAUCACAGCAAUACACCGAUGGAUAUCAGCAGUUGUAUAGCGGAUUCAAUUCUUGGUUCGGCACAUAAUUUGCUAGCAACGUCACCGCAUCGUUCUCAUGUAGACUCAAUUUUAUCAUCACCCGAUACCGAUUCGUUAGUGAGCGACAUUGAUAUGGCAAUGACGUGACAAAUAACCGGACGAUCAUUGUCCAACACCAUCAACGAUCGUUCAACCAAUUCGUGGUCAUCCACAACAAAUACACUAUCAACACCACCACCACCGCCACCGCCACCACAAACAACAACAUUUUUUAAUGAUCAAUUAUUUGAAUACUUACGAUAAAAUGAGUUACGAGAUACUGACAAAUAAGCCACGCUCCUUGACUUAGAUUCUGUGGUCAUCAUAAUGAACAUUCUUUAAACGAAAACAAUUGAGAAACGUUGCGAAAACUAUUUUUGAAAAUUAAAAUUAUGAAAAUUUGAAAGAAAAAAAAACACAUUUUUUUAUAAAAUAAAUUUGGAAAAUGCACAGACGUAUUCAAAUGUAAACUAUUGCUCAAAUAUCGAAUGGUAGCUAAUGUAGAAGGCGGUCAAAAUGUUUCAUAUGAGCUCAAAAAUACCGCACCAGAGCUGAAAGCAGGGAUUAUAAGCUUAUUUAAAGUCCAUUCCUACUUGAAUUGGAUUAUUUCCUAUUCUUUAUUUUAAUUAUUUAAUGCACAUAACAAGUUUAUUUCGUAGUUUCCUUUUAUUUGAAUUCAAGAGAAGAUAAUGAUGAUGUUGAAAAACAGAAACGAAGGCAAAAACAAGCACAGUGUCUUUUGAUACCAAUGUUUUUCUAUGUACUUUGUCGAUGAAAUAACGAAUGUACUUCAGCCAGGCGAAAGCAAAAAUUCAUUUAAUCUCAAUAAGAUCCGUUUGUAACGAUUUACACAUUUUCAUUCUUUCAAUGUAAUGAGAUAUGUACACAAGGAAAAAAAAAACAAAUUACGUUUUGGUGCAAAAUGCUCGUUAAAUCAUAAUUUACCAGCUGCUCGGAUCAUCCUUAUAAAAUUUUAAAUUUUAAAUUAUUACCAACGAACCAUUUGUAAAAUAUCGAUAAAAUAGUAGUAAUUCAAGCAAUAUAAAGCCAUCUACAAAUUAUGGGAAUUUUCUUUGUAAAAUUGGAACAAUUCGAUUCUUGAAGGCGGAAUAUUUAUUUUUCAUUCUGUUCACUUCCUGUUUUCGUUUUGGUGAUUUUCGUAAACUUUUGGGGACAAAAAAAAACAAAACAUUUCAAAUAUUCCACUUUCAGAAGUGCAUCCAUGGCCAACAGAGUUACAGCAAAAAUAAUGGAAAGGCGCCGUUUUAUCAUUUGCAAUA